AACAGUCAUAAUAUGAGCCCAAACAUUGACCCAAGUUCCAACCCUAAAUUUCUUAGGCUCACCUUUCCCUCGUAUCAUUCGCUUUCUUCGUUCUCUCCUUGUCGACCUCUGGCCGUCGGGUCUAUGUAUGAAGUAGACGGUUUAUGGAGUUUGCUGUCAUCUUCUUUAAGAACAUCUCGCCAUCGUGGACAUCACUUGGAGUUCGUCGUUGCUGUUGUUUCGUUUUCCGUCUCUGUUGAAUUGAGAUAUCAAUAGGUAAAUUUAGCUGUGAGAUUGAAUGUGAUGGGAAAGUUCAUGUCCGAGGAUUGAUGAGUUGUGAAAAACUAUAAAGAAACCUCUGCGCAUAUUCGAGAUGAAGUUCCAACAAUUAUGCCCACCUGGACCAUUCACGUUGUCUUUCAGUCUUCCGGGACCUGAGAUCCCAGGCUCUUUGCUCCUACCUUGAGAUCAGAUGGCAUUUUUGAAGGAGUAAUCAUAAAUACAAAGUGAUAGGAACUGAGAUGUAUUAGUGAAUCAUCUCCAGAAUUAAAAGGAACCAUAUUAUUGGUAGCAUGGAUGGGCAAAAGUUUGCUGACAAUCCUCAAUUAAAGUCGUCGGUUAUUCUAACUGGAACUGCAAAGCAAGGUGGCGCUGGGCCUCCAGUUGGUCUUGUUGAUGUGGGCGAGAGUGAAGGUGCUUACCUUUUCAGAGUUGCACUUCCUGGAAUCAGGAAAGAUCAAUGCAAGAUAAAAUGUGAGAUUCAACGGGAUGGAAGAGUCCAUAUUGAAGGGGUGAUGAAUGAUGUAGGCCUUUUGAAAGAUUCAUCAACUGUGUAUCAUAUGAAAGUUCAGCAACUAUGUCCCCCUGGACCAUUUACCAUUUCCUUUAGCCUGCCAGGUCCUGUCGAUCCCCGUUUGUUUUCUCCGAGUUUUCGACCUGAUGGUAUAUUGGAAGUGGUGAUUAUGAAACACAGAAUCGUACCUCCACAAGAACAUUCAUGAUCAUUAUGUAAAGCAUUUGAAUUGGCCCUUGCCCCUCUCUUUUAUGUUGUUUUUGUUUUAUAUUACAUUUUUUUUUGCUAGAAGUCUAUUAUAUUUAUAAUGCAGAGAUUACUAUUUAAAAUAUUGAUAUGCGCAUACAUAUUGUGAGCACUUUAUUUUCAACAAUGGACGUUCACAUGUACGUAUAUUUGUCCUA